AUGAAUAUUACUGAAUUUAAAAAGAAUGGUUGGGGAAUUGAUGAAGAUUUACUAAAAAAAUUUUUAGAUGAAGAGGAGAUAGAAAAUAAAGAUAUUAUUGAUAUAAUUCAAGAUACAGACAUUAAAUUAUAUGGAAAACCAAUAUUAACAAAUGCAUUGGACCGCCAAAAAGGAUUCAUGAAUGGUCCCGUUGUCCUUCAACUUGUAAAAUUUAAAAAUGUCUCACAUUCUCAAGAUGGGUUUAACAAUGUUAAUGGUAUAAAUUUUAAAUUUUUAAAAAAAAUAAGUUCAAAUACACCACCAGGAACUAAAGUUUUGUUUAAAGAAAAGAUAACUUUUUCGGAUGGAUUAUUGCUGUUGUCAGAUGACAAUAUAAAAGUUUUAGGUGGAAACGUUGAAAAGUUGAUUAAUCGUUGGAAGAUGGAUAAAAUAGCAAUUUCUGGUAUUACAAAUUUAAAAAAUAAUGGUGUACCAAGAUGGAUUCCAUUUUCAAAAACUCAACAAUUUAAAAAUGACCAGAAAAAUGAAAUUGAUUAUGUUAAAAAAAAUAAUGCAUUACAAAGUGGUAUGAAUAAUAUGAAAAAUGAAAAAACCAUGACAACGAAUAAGAAAACCUUUAAGAAUCAAAAAGUAAAAAGUAAUGAAUCACAAAACAUAAGAAAUAAAAAUACUAAUAACAUUAAAAGUGAGCCAUUUGAUAACGAAGCUGUUGGACGAAAGGUAUUUGUAAAUAACAGCCACACAACAAACAGAAAUAAUGAUGUAUCAAGAAAAACAUAUGUAAACAACAAAAGAGAAUUUGAUACAAAUAAUGGCAAAAGUAACAAUUAUAAUGAAAAUGAUACUAAGAAUAUGCCUUUUUCUUCAACAAAUGUAAAUAAUCAAAUGAGAGGUAAUUUUUCAAAUACCAGAGGUGGAAAUAGAGGUAGAAGUAGAGGUGGAAACAGGGGUAGAUAUAGAGGUGGAAACAUAGAUUCUAGAGGGAAAAGUACAAAUAUAUCAUGA